UAAAUUUAGAUUUGCGUCAUUUUUAAAAAAUCAGAACUGAAAACUAAAAAAAAUUUGUACUGUCGCGAAACUUUUGUGUGAUAAUUUUAUUGAAUUGAAAUUGCAACUGAUAUGGAUCCAAAACGGGGAAAUGCUCGCCAAGGCGCCUCCAAGACGAGCGUUGCCUCUAGGCAUGCUGCUGGUAUGCCCGCCAAUACGGCACGCAAGUAUGGCAGUGAGGUUAGCCUGACGCCCAGCCAGGCCAAGCAGAGCGUGGAUAAUCCACGCAAGAGUCCAUUGGAUGCUUUGAGUCGCAUGACCUAUCGACAGGAUCCGUUUCAACGUCGUUCAGGCUUGCAGGAUGUGGAUGAUUCUUUCUUGGCUUCAAAUGCCUUUGCCCGUCCCGCACGCCUGCGUCAUUCGGGUCUGGAAGGUAAUAUGUCUGUAGCCAGCAAUCAACAGCCGGCUGGAAAUGCUGCUGUGGCGCCCAUUCGUGUCGCCUCUGGCCAAGAGGCGCCGCCACAGAUGCAAAUGCAAUAUCAACAGCAACAGCAGCCGUCUCAAAUGCAACAGUCGGCGCAGCAGCUGCCGCCUCAGGCUGCUCAGGUACCACAGCAGUCUGCGGCCAACUUGGCUCCGGCACCAGUACAAUUGCAACAGCAGCAGCAGCAGCAACAGCAGCAACAGCCGCCGGUACAACAACAACAGCAGCAGCAGUUGGCGCCAGCGACAGUUGUGCCCGCACAGCAGCCGCAACAGCCGUUGCCUCAACAGCAAGCGCCUCAAUACGUGCAGCCACCAGCUGCUGGUCAACCCACGCGCCACGAUCAUUAUCCAACCGGUCGGGCCCAUUUACAACAUCAACAUCAGCACCAGCAACAGCAGGAUCUGCAGCAGCAACAAUUGGGGCAGCAGGAUGCAAAGGCACAAGCUCAAGCUCAAGCUCAAGCUCAGAUGCAGCAGCAGCAGCAGCAGCAGCCAAUGUUACAGCAACAGCAACCACCGGCACAGAUGUCGCCACGCAAAUAUCAACAGCUGCAACAGCAGCAGCAGCAGCAACAGGGCUACUCCUCGCAGGCGGCAAACGCCGUGCCACCGGCUGCUGAAAUGUGCACGACAUGUCCCAAUUGCCAGACCACCAUUUACUUGGUGCGCACACCUGAGCUGGGCCAUGGCGAUGCUGGCAUGCCAAUGCAGUAAUCAGCAACCAAAAAUCCUAUAUUUAUGAAGUCUAAAAAUCUGAAAUGGAAAAAGGAAUUCUUGUGUGAUCUUUGGCAUACGAAAUUCAAUUUGAUGAAAUUAACGUAAACCCAGCUCAUUUUUAGAUGCGUGUGCGUGUGUGUGUUGACUCACGAUGCAUCCAAAUUUGAAGUUUACAAACUGCCAAAAAGAAACAAGCAACAACUGUAAUAGCGCAUCUAGCAAAAGACACUCUAUAUAUACUAAACAUGUGUGUGUGUACGACAUACAUAACAAAACCAAAUUCCCUGUACACCUUUUCCCACCGUAAUACUGCCCAAGUCGAAAGAUGAAUGACUAUUUCUCUGCUAGACCAGCUAAAACUUCCAUGCUCUGACAC